CGUGCCAUGGACAAGAUCAAAAUCUCAAAGGUCGAGAAUGUGACGCUUCACAAGAAGAACGUCCAGGUCACUGGCACCCUCCAUAUCUCUACCCACCAUCUGAUCUUCGAGCAUCGCCCAGAUGCGUCCGCCAACUCCCAACCCCCGGCCAAACCCCAAGGCCGCGUCAAAGAGAUGUGGAUCACAUACCCCAUGAUUGCGUCCUGUGUUUAUAGACCCAUGCCCGCCGUUCUCCGACAAGACCACGCCAUCCGUCUACGAUGCAGAGACUUUACCUUUGCCGCCUUUCAUUUCUCCCAAGAGGCUCAGGCCCGCAGCGUCUACGACAGCAUCAAGGCCUUGACCUGUGGCCUCGGUUCAUUCAGCAAGCUGUACGCUUUCACCUACGACCCUCCUCCAAUUGAGAAGAACAUCAAUGGUUGGCAAAUCUACGAUGCUCGCAAGGAGUUCAAACGCAUGGGUAUCUCUCCUAAGGGCGCCGACCGAGGCUGGCGCUUGACUGAUAUCAACCNNUACUCGCCCACCUACCCCUCGCUCUUGGUUGUCCCGUCUUCGGUGUCCGACAACGUCCUCAAACAUGGAAGGGAAUACCGCUCGCGCUACCGCAUCCCUGCUCUAACCUACUUGCAUCCUGUCAACAAUUGCUCCAUCACACGAAGCUCACAACCGAAGUGUGGCAUAUUCCAGAAAGAGAGAAAUCCUCAGGAUGAACGACUGGUCGCUGCCAUCUUCUCCACUUCGAAACCUGUGGCUGGAGCUGGCAUGCCCAUCCUUGACGAUGACGGUCAGCAGUUUGAUCCGGACAUGCAGGAAAGCCGGGAUCCUCCACGGGUCAAACCUCGGUCCAGUACAGACAGCGUUGCCAAUCAGCCCACCGACAAGAUCUAUGGAGCUCAGCAGAGAAACUUCAUUGUCGAUGCCCGUCCACAGGUCAAUGCUGUUGCCAACCAGGCUACCGGAAUGGGCUCAGAAAAUAUGGAGUUCUACAAGGACGCGACAAAGGAAUAUCUUGGUAUCGCCAACAUCCAUGUCAUGAGAGACUCUCUCAAUAAACUAGUCGAGGCCUUCGCUCACACCGACUACACCGAAUUUGGUCCAAACGAAGAUCUCCUCGCCAAGAGCAAGUGGCUCGAUUACAUCUCUUUGGUCUUGCGCGGCUCCAGUCUAGUAGCUCGGCAGGUCGGCAUCAAUCACUCCCACGUCCUCAUUCACUGCUCGGAUGGCUGGGACCGCACCAGUCAGAUCAGUGCUUUGAGCCAGCUUUGCUUGGAUCCAUAUUACCGCACUCUUGAAGGCUUCAUUGUCUUGGUGGAGAAGGACUGGGUGUCUUUCGGUCACAUGUUCCGUCAUCGCUCAGGGUUCUUGAGCAGUGAAAAGUGGUUCGAGAUUGAGAAUGAGCGUGUCGGAGGCAAUCGCAAGGCUGAUAAUCCCACUGCAAACAGCGGCAACGGCAACGCCUUUGGCAAUGCGUUCUCAACUGCUAGAGGUUUCUUCACCAAGAAGAAUGACAGUAGGGAGUCCUUCGAUGUGAACGAUGCUGGCGAUGGUUCACCCGUCCCAGCUCCAACUUCAAAAGCUGCCAAACACGCCACCACUAACGUCAAAGAGACAAGUCCGAUCUUCCAUCAGUUCUUGGAUGCAACCUAUCAGAUGCUCCGACAAUAUCCUACCAGGUUUGAAUUCAAUGAACGAUUCCUGCGCCGCUUGUUCUACCAGCUUUACUCAUGCCAAUAUGGCACUUUCCUCUGGGACAGUGAGCGGGAUAGAGUUGAAGAAAAAGCCUAUGAGAGGACAAGAAGCGUAUGGGACUACUUCCUCUCUCGUCGAGACAUGUUCAUCAACGAACAGUACGAUCCUACCAUUGACGAUAACACCUCCGGAAAGGAGCGCAUCAUUCUUCCCGAUACCACCCAAGUCAAGUGGUGGCACGAAUUGUUUGGCCGUACAGACACUGAGAUGAACGGGACUGCUUACGCACCCACUGCCAGCCUGCCGAAAGAACCGAGAGAUCCGAUUGUGACAGGUAUAGAGAACUCGGAGAUCUCUACAGGGUCCGCAGCGAAUGGUGGCAGUUUUACUGGCCAGACCGCAAGCGCUUUUACCAAUGGCGCUGCACGUCUGACUGCUGGAUUGGGCAAUCUAAGUUUGGGAAGGAACAGCGCAAGUGCACCCAGCAGCCGGCCUCAGUCUCCACCAACCAACGAAUCCCUGCCUGCGCAUAAUAUCGACGAGAAGAUGAAAUCGGCGGCAUCCAACGAGUCAGACACAACCACAACCGGUCGACUCUCAUUUUCAGCAUUUGCACGAGACAAUGCUUUUAGGGAUAACUAG